AAGCUUCAAAAAGUCGUAACUUUAUGAGUUAACGUUUCUCUAGGUACUUUCGUUUCUCUCCCUCCGGUCACGUGGCAGAUCUCUCUUCCUCUCUUGCCGAGUCGCUCUGGUCACCUGUCUCCGUCUCCCUUCCUCUCGUGGCUUGGCGAUACGUCGCUCUCCGUCGCACUUACGCGCGUAUGCGGGCGCCUUUACCCGCGUUUCUCUAUCUCUCCGCUACCUGCAUCGCGUAUCCCCUCCCCGGCCUCCUUCUUUCUCUCUCUAACCCACAUGGGCCCGCAUCGUGCCUUCUCUCUCGGCUGCGGCCAUGCGGGCCCUUCCCCCACCCCGCUCCGCCAUGCCGGACCCAGCACGGCUAUUUCUCCAGUCACGUUGCCGGACUACGGCAGUGUCCGUAAGACCGCCGCGAGGUCGCCAUCGUCUGUCGAUACUCCGGCCGUUUUUGCCCCUCCCAUGCUGAUCGAGAGGUUCGCCGGAAAUGGGGAAGACGGCCAGCAAACUCAAAUCUCGACGUAGUCAGAGCAUCGCGUGGAGCUUCCGGUUCCCCUCGGUGGGCACUCUCCAAAAUUUGGGCACCGGAAAUGGCCGGCGCCGGAAACGAGACGGCCUCCCUGGCGCCGAAUCCAGCAGGGAUCUUCGCUCGAAGAGACACACGAUCCACCUCCAACCGGAAGUCGUGCUUAGGAACGAACCGACCCUGGUCGUCACUCCGCCUUCUCCAGAAGUGUUCAAUAGACGAGGACACCGGGUGGCGGUUCAAGGCCAGGACCAGGAAGAGUCGACCGACCUGGUGGACGCGAGUCCUCGGACCGACCUGCGACCAGGAGACCCCGAGAGGAACAACAACCUCGACCUGUCCAUGGAGCAGCCCGAGGAGUCGACCCGGAAGCUCCUGGAGCGAGAACUCCGUCUUCUGGACCCGAGGGAUCUGCGAUCUCACGCCUGGUACCACGGAAGCACUCUUCGGGGUGGUCGCAAAGGUGCCGAGACCGAGGUUCCGAACGAUGGCGACUUCCUGGUGCGAGAUUGCGCCUCCCAGCCCGGGAACUACGUCCUCACGGUCCGGUGGAAGGGCCAGGCCCUGCACUUCGUCAUCAAUAGGGUGGUUAUCCAGCCAGACACGGUGUACGAGCGGGCCCAGUAUCAAUUCGAGGACGAGGCUUUUGAUACGGUCGCCGACCUGAUAACGUUCUACGUGGGAAGUGGCAGACCCAUAAGUCAAGCCAGCGGGGCACGGAUAGUGCACCCUAGGCCAAGAUCGGUCCCAUUGACAUGCAUGCCGACUCCGAGCACCCAACACGGCUCCAGUCCGUCUUCGACCUUAUCCACGGGUUCUCCACCUCGGCUUCCCAGGAAGCAGCAACGGAGUCACUCCUUGACCCCCCAGCAGCACUCGGACCAGCACUCGGUACCGAACACCUCGAUGACCUCCAACCUCCCGGUGCACUCGAGUACCUUGCCUCGAGUACCUCCCAUCCAGAGCCAGCCUCCAUCGUGUUCCUUGUCCCUGGGUCGCCAGAAGAUCACCAGGGUGAUCUCGGACCCGGCUCUUCAGCAGCAGCAGCAACAGCCUCACCUGGUCGCGAACCAUCAAGGGGCUACCCCGGCUCCGCCGAAGCCUCCCAGGGUCCCUUACGUCCCCAACCACCAGCAUCAUCACCACCAUCACCACCAUCACCAUCAUCACCAUCAGGGCUACCAAGCCUCCGGAAGCGACAGCGGCAACGGAUCCGGGGACAGCGAAUUCGAGACCAACAAUUCCGGCGGCAACAAUCCAUCCCUACCUAUAAAGGGCGUCAUCAUCCGCAGUCAUCAUAACGUUAACGAACCCACUGCCAGCAAUGGCAGCGACUACGAGCUCUCCGCCGAGGAACAGCUGGUCGUUGCCGCGCCAUCCCUGGAAAUCGUUACGGUGUUGGAUGUCGAAGGGUUCUCCACCUUGUUGCUCCCUGCUGGGGAACACAGGCCCUUGGACCCGACCGCUCUUAGAGGGGUUUCCGGUAUGCUGCAUGACUCCGCUCCCAGGGUCCUGGCCUCUCAUCUCACUCGCAUCGACCUUGAGAUCGCUCUCCAUCCUGGCAUGGGGACCAGGAGUGGUCUCAGCGGCCUCGAAUUGGCCACUCUUCCUCAUGGCAGACAGGCCAGGUUGGAUCUGAUCGAGAGGUCGGAAUGCCUGAAACUCCUGGUCGCCGUCACCGUGCUCGCUGGGGCUACCGCGAUAGAAAGGGCUGCUACUAUCAGCAAGUGGAUCAAAGUUGCCGUCGAUACCAAGACUGCUCUGGGGAACCUUUAUGGGUUUUGCGGAGUGAUGCUGGGCCUCUGUCUUCCCCAGAUACAGAGGCUCGCUAAUACUUGGCAUUUGCUCAGGCAGAAGCACACCGAUGAGGCUUUCAGUUUCGAGGCCAAGCUCAAACCUACUCUCAGGGCCAUGAACGAGUGCACCAACCCCCAAGCUCCGAAUACCACCCUGCCGCAUUUGUUGCCACUUGCUCUGCUGGGAGAAAGAGGCCCCGAGGAUGUCUUAGGAACUGCCGCACCUUCCGGGCUCACCGCUGCGAUUCUUUCCUCGUGGGAGACUUCUGCUCCGGAUUGCGGACUCUCCAUCGUCUGGACACACCUCGAAGCCACUCGAAAGCUCGCCGAGAGCUUACCCCUUUUCCGGAGGAAUGCAGAAAUCGCCCUGGAGGGGUCAAGGUGUGACGAACUGCUCUCCGACGCUUUUAGAACGGAAUUUCAUAUUAAAUUCUUAUGGGGAAGCAGAGGCGCCGCGGUCGCGCCCGAGGAAAGACAUCUCAAGUUCACUCAAGUCCUCGACGCGAUGUUCGAGAAAUGUUCGGCAACCGAAGCCGCCGCGUAAACUUGGAAAGAAAUCGAGAAAGUCCGGCCUAGGAAUGGAGACUCUCGGAGGACCAUUUUUUAAUGGGACUUUGUCGACUUCUCUUUGCGCAACCUUGUCCUUGGGACAACUUUAUGAAGGAAAUGAUACUUCUUCGUGCACUAUACCGAGGGAAGAUAUUGAUUGACUUAAACAAAUCUUAUAUUAUUGUCUUAAUCAUAUGCCAUUGCAAAGGACAAUUUUAUUUCGUUGGGAAGAGAGAGUCAAUCUAAAUUUCCUUCUUCUCGGUAUAGAGUGCCCAAAGAUGCGAAACUAUGUGCGAUAGGGCUGUAUGGCUUUUUAUCCAGUGUUUGGGCACUUGACUUAAUUGGUAUCAUUUUUUUCAAAAAGGAUUUAAGCUAGUCUCGCGACGAAAGUCACGACCGUUGGUCAUCGGGGAUACUUUUCUCCAGUGGAGCUUGAAUUAUAAAUAUUCUAAGACGCUUAUUAGUUACAAAGUUCGUCCGCAAUACGAGGGAAUUAACGAUUAGUGAAACGUACACACGGGAGCAAUAACGGCUGGUAAUUCCAAUUUGUACCUUAACUGAACUUUGUGAUUUGUAAGUUUCCAAAGUGUCUCGAAAUCCUUAUCACGUGUGAUGGAGAAAGUAUUCCCAAUGGCCAGGGUUCGCAUGUAAGACCCCGUGGGAAGAAACUAGAAAAAGUUAUCGAAAUACCCUAGAUUUUCCGACUAGACCCCCUGACCCGUGACAAUACAGAGAUAUGAGGGAAAGAAAGCAAGAGGUGCGACGAAGGAAAUGUUAAACGGAAAACGAUGUAAGGCACGUCCAAAGAGUAGAGAAACAUACGAUAGUUACCUACAAGUAAUUGCGCGUACUUAAUUAACUAAUUGAACUGUAUAUUCGACCAAUAACUGUGUUGUACAUGUUGUUCAUGUUUGUUCGUAAAUAUAUAUAUCGGUAUAAAAGA